UUAAUCUUUGAAGAAAUGAAAAAUAAUUUUUUCAAUUCUAACUUUUCAAAUAGAGUGAAGUUGUCUUUCAUCGAAUAUACUUAUUACGUACAGCUAAUAGUGCCAUCUAUAUUGUCACAUUUCAACUAUAGAAGACUAAAUAUGCAUUCCGUAAAAUUAUCAUCUGGUCAUGAUAUGCCUACUGUAGGUUUAGGGACAUGGCAGGCUAAACCUGAAGAAAUUGAAGCUGCUGUUGCGACUGCUUUGGAGUGUGGUUACAGACAUAUUGAUACUGCAUUUAAUUAUAAUAACGAAGAAGCGAUUGGAAAAAGCUUAAAAAAUUGGUUUGACAAAGGUGGUAAACGUGAAGAACUUUUUGUUACGUCAAAGUUACCCCCUCAUGGUAAUCGACCAUCAGAUGUUGAAAAGUUUCUUAAAUUAUCAUUAGAACGUCUUGGUUUGGAUUAUUUAGAUAUGUAUCUGAUCCACAUGCCAUUUGCCUUUGUAUUAGAUAAAAAUGCAUAUGCUCCUGCAGCUUUAGAUGAUGGUACUUAUAUACUUGACCUAGACACGGAUCCAGUUUCUGUAUGGAAGGAAAUGGAGAAACAAGUAGCGAAAGGACGUGUUAAAUCUAUAGGUUUAAGUAAUUUUAAUGAAGCACAAAUAUUAGAAGUAUAUAAAAAUGCACAAAUAAAACCCGCCAACUUGCAGGUUGAAUUGCAUGCAUACCAUCAACAGAAACCGAUAAGAGAAUUUUGUCAAAAGCACAAUAUUAUUGUAACAGCUUACAGCUCAUUAGCAUCACCUGGAGCUAAAGUCGUUUUACAAAGAAGAUAUAAUUAUAAUUUAGAAAAAUUUCCCAAUCUUCUUGGACAUCCUGUUGUACUUGAAAUAGCUAAUAAAUAUAAAAAAACAACAGCACAAGUAUUACUACGACAUCUGGUACAACAAGGAAUUAUAGUUAUUCCAAAAAGUUCUUCACAAGACAGAAUCAAAUCAAAUAUCAACAUUUUUGAUUUCGUUUUGAUAGAAGAAGAUAUGAAUACUUUAAAUGCUUUAGACAAAGAUACAGAUGGCCGAAUAUUCAAUUUUCUUUUUUUUAAAGGGUAAAAUAGAGUUCGAUGGGAUGAAAGAAAUGUUUUCAAGAUCAGAAUCACUGCAUAAAAUAAAAUAUAUAAAUUAUAUUGAUGAUGGCGAUACUAAAACAUAUAAAAGUAUUUACGAUGCAAAGCCUUAUGGAGAUAUCCUGUUUGCAAAUAAAAGAGUGCAUCAAAGAAUGUGCAAGAAAAAAUGAGUAAUCGACUCAGGGCUUUCAAGAGAAAUAAUAAUAGCUUGGGGGAGAAAAGCCAAUUGAAGGAUAAAGUAAUUACUGAUCUGAUCAAUUAUUAUGGAUUAGCAAUACGAUAUAACUCCAACGAUAUUGAUGACAUGUAUAAUGGGAUUUGGUAAACUUUUUACCAUAAAACGUCAUCAUUAAAACAUUCACGAUAUUUUCUCUGCCCUGAAGAUGCUAACUCCUGGUGUAAAUUUCAACAAGCUGUAUCAACUAAUGUCUUGGAAUCGUUUGUCGAUAAACCAGGACUUCCCGAAGAUGUUGCUACAAAUUUAUUUCCGAUAUACGAAGAUCUUUUGGAUCCAAUAUUAUUGCAAAGAUGUGCUGGUGGAUUCACCCGAAAUAAUAAUGAAUGUUUCAAUUCAUUAAUAUGGCAAAUAGCACCGAAAUCAAAUUUCAAUGGUUCUAUUAUUGUUUAAAUAGCUUUGUUUAUUUCAACAGUAGCAUUCAACGAAGUCUACUUUGAACUACCAUCAUAGUAGCUUCUCUUAAAGGCAUAAUAUUAGGGCCAAUAACUUUUGCUAAAUUAUCAAUACUCAUUUUGUUCUGUUUCUCAUAGAGAGAUACUUUUUUAAAAAAUUCCAUUACAAAUGCUAAAGUAUUUAAAUGAUAAGGAGGUAACAACACACAAGCCAAUAACAAUGCUUGAACACGGUGGUUUUUCAACAUUGCACAGUGUAAAAAUAAAUCAUGGUAUGUAUAUGGAAUUAAUGGCUCCGGAAGAUCUCUGAAAAAUGUUUUUAAACAAUUGGCAACAUCGAUUGCAUGAUUUUUUUCUCCCAAUAAAGAACCUUUAUCCAA